CAGUGAUCUUCGCCUGUCUGUGUUUGUCGUGUAUUAUUAUUGAAUUGGCAACGCUAUAUGUGGAAUUUUGAUUUGUUUUCAAUUCGUUAAUCAACAUGUUAAGAAUUAGUGUAAUACAGGAGCUGUUUCUACAUUUCCAAAUUUUGUAUGAAACUGGAACUAAUUAAUAUUUGCAUAUUCGAUUCAUAAAAUAUGAGUUCUCGAAAAAGUGUUGUAUAUUUUUGGGACCCUGAUGUUGGAAACUUUCAUUACGGUCCCGGGCAUCCUAUGAAACCUCACAGAUUGUCAGUUACUCAUAGUUUAGUAUUACAUUAUGGCCUGUACAAAAAAAUGCAGGUUUACCGCCCAUAUAGGGCUUCUGCUCAUGACAUGAGUCGUUUUCAUUCAGAUGAAUACAUUGACUUUCUGCAGCGAGUGACACCACACAACAUACAGACAUUCAAUAAAAGCUUGAGUCACUUCAAUGUUGGAGAUGAUUGUCCUGUGUUUGAUGGACUGUUUGAUUUUUGUUCGAUGUAUACUGGUGCUUCCUUAGAAGGUGCAGUUCGUUUAAACAACCAGUGUUGUGAUAUUGCUAUUAAUUGGUCAGGCGGACUGCAUCAUGCAAAAAAAUUUGAAGCUUCAGGUUUCUGCUAUGUUAAUGAUAUUGUGAUUGCCAUUUUAGAGCUUCUGAAAUUCCAUCCCCGCGUUUUAUAUAUAGACAUAGACAUUCAUCAUGGUGAUGGAGUUCAAGAGGCAUUCUACCUUACUGAUCGUGUUAUGACCGUUUCAUUCCAUAAAUAUGGAAAUUAUUUUUUCCCGGGAACAGGUGACAUGUAUGAAAUAGGUGCUGAAAGUGGAAGAUAUUAUUCAGUAAAUGUACCUCUAAAAGAGGGCAUUGAUGAUAAUAGUUAUUUUCAAACUUUCAAACCUGUCAUUCAAGCUGUUAUGGAAUUUUAUCAGCCCACUUGUAUCGUUUUGCAGUGUGGUGCUGAUUCACUGGCUGGAGACCGAUUAGGUUGCUUUGCUCUGAGCACAAAGGGACAUGGGGAGUGUGUUAAAUUUGUGAAGGAAUUGAAUGUCCCUCUUCUUGUCCUUGGCGGUGGAGGAUAUACUGUUCGAAAUGUAUCAAGGUGUUGGACAUAUGAAACAUCUCUUUUAGUAGAGGAAAAUAUAGGCAGUGAUAUUCCUUAUAAUGAAUACUUUGAAUAUUUUGCACCUGAUUUCACAUUACAUCCUGACAUAGCAACUAAACAAGAUAAUGCCAAUAGCAAGCAGUAUUUGGAUACCAUUGUGAAAGCAGUGACAGAUAAUCUGAAAUUUCUUACUCAUGCACCUAGUGUACAAAUGCAAGAUGUUCCCACUGAUUUCCUUCGUCUGCAGAUGGAAGAAGAGAAAGAACAAGAUCCCGAUGUUAGAAUGACAACGCAAGAAGUAGAAGCAAAGGUUGAGCCACCUAAUGAAUUUUAUGACGGGGAAAAGGACCAAGAUGGAGAGAGUGAGCAAAUGGAAACGUAGUCUUCUGUUUGCAUAAAAAUGUGUGGUGAAAUUAGUGACCGUCCAGUAUGUAGAAAAUUGGAACAUUGAGUAUUUUCCUUUGCCAGACUGUGAUAAUUUAUAAGUAAUCAUUGAAAAACUCACAUUUGCAGUAGCAUUUUAAAACUUCAUUUUAUUUGUAUUAACGUAAGCUGAUAUUUUAUACUAAGAAAACGGAUUUGUAUGUGUAUGUGUGUACAAGAUUCAGAUUUUGCUACUGAAUCACUAAAAUUUUAUUAAGAUUUUUGAAAGAGCUGAGAAAGUUUUGUGUUAUACAAACUAGUGCUAUAAACAUGAACGAAAAGGUAAAUUUAAACUAAAAUGCAACAAAAUUUUGAUUUCUUACAAAUUCUUCUAAAGUUUAAAUUAUUUUUUAAUCCAUAACUAUUAAUUCCACUGCAAAAUUUCUCUACAUAUAUAUGUAUUAUAUUUAUUGAAGCCUUUGAAAUUAUUGAGAAACUUACUUUGAUUAAAGAAAUUGUUCCCCAGAAAAAAACUGAGUGAAAUCAAAUUGUGGAAAAAACUUUAGACUGCUGUUCUCUGUCUGAAGUAUAUGCUUCCAUUUAACAUCAGAUUUAUUAAAAACAUGGUUUUAACAUUGCCAGAUAAUCUUUAGAAUAAUGAUCUGAUUAUAAAAAAAAAAACAGCAGUUGCCAUGCACUGUCCAUUUUUAUUUGGAUUGUGGAUUUUAAAAGUGGUGGUCAAGAAUGGGCAUAAGUUGGUAAGAUAUUAAAAUUUUCCCUCCGCCAUUUUAUCUGCAUGUAAAUAAGAUUCUUCUGUGAAAUGCCAUGAAUUUGACUGAAACUUCCCAUGUAAUAUCAAUGUUAAGAAAAUGCCCAGCAUUUGUUAAUUACAAAAUAACCUGUAAAAUAAAAAUAGAAGGGAAAAAGUUUUAUACUAGAUUUAGAUUUUAUCAAAUUUAAAUCAUUUAUUUUAUUUUAUAUAGCAUAGUGAAAUUCUAAAUUAAUAUUUCUGAAGUUUAUGUACUAGAUUGUGAAUUAAAAAAACAUUUCAUAUCUAAAAGUUGUAGUUUUUUUAUUAUGUGUAUAUAUAUAUAUAUUAAUAAGCUGGAUUAUCAUUGGUUCCCUAAAUAUUUAUUCUUGUAUAAUUUUAUUACCAUAUAUAUGUAUAUAUGUAAAUGUAUGUGCUUAAAAUAUCUUGGUACUGUCAUUAAAUAUUACUUUGAUACUGAUUUAACAAA